AUGGCAGAGGUCGCGCAACCACCAGCUGAACCCCAAGCUAGACGUCUCACAUACUGCGGAGUAUGCACAUUACCCCCAGAGUACUGCGAAUUCGGCGGUACAGCAAAGAAGUGUCAGGAUUGGUUGAAGGAUAACCACGCCGAUCUGUAUCAGCGACUAUACUCCGAAGACGCUAUCAGUGCCAACCUCUCGACCCUGUCUGUAUCCGUCCAAGAGCGUGUGGCAAAGGACGCAGCGAAAAAGGAAGCAAAAGCUGCUGCAGCGGAGGCGCGAGAUGCGGAGCGGCGAGCGACGUCAAAGGUCCAGAUCAAGCGGGUUGAGCGAAACAAGCGCAAGCAUGUCAGUGUUGUUACAGGACUCGAGGUCUACGGACUAGAGAAUAAGAAGGUGGCCAAGGAGCUUGGAAAGAAAUUUGCAACUGGUUCUUCUGUUACCAAGUCGGCUGCUGGGAUUGAGGAGAUUACAGUGCAGGGCGACGUCAGUGAGGAGAUCAAGGAAUGGCUCCUGGAGAUACAUGGGAAGCAAAUCUCCGAGUCCAACAUUGAAAUUGUUGAGGAUAAAAAGAAGAAAAAGGGGGCGGCUGAGCCGUGA